GCUUGAUCCUCCAAUGCGUCCUACGGUUAACACUAUGAAGUUUUCUACUAUCUUUUUGUAACUGCUAUUAGAAGACGAUAUUUGAAUUCAAUUUCUGAUCCUAACUCUAAAAUAAUUAUUUUCGAUUUGGAUAAAGUUGCGAAAUACGAUUUUCUUGAAGUCAGUAUUGCUAUAUAACAUAGUUGAUUCCUGAUGAACUAUAGAUUCUUCAUUUCCUGAAAACAAACCACAUACAGAAGGCAGCAGUUUUGGUUAUGGAAAUAACGGAAAGAGCAAAAUUAUCGCUUAUUAAUUAUCAAGAUUAUAUAUAUGAACAAUAGAAGUUUAACAAAUCCUGCUUAUCAGCCAACACGGUUAAAGUUAAAUAUAUGCAGUUAACGCUCUACUUUUCAACAAGGCUUACUAUCUCAUCCACUCAAUGAUUAAGAAGAUAAGUUAUGACGUUAUAUAUGCAAUAAAAGCAAGUACUCCUCUGAAAAAUUAAAAAAAAAAAAAAAAAUACGCUGUCGAUUUUUGUUAAAUAUAUAUCAUGCACAGGCAGCAUAUCAAAUAGAUACUUAUAGAUGCCAGUGAUAGUUUUUUUUAAAAGAUUUUUACCUGAUGAAAAUUACGCAGAUCUAACUUUUGUUGCAAAAGAUUUUCUGAGAAGCAUGCUUUAACGAGGCAUAUUCUAACAUCUGUGAAAGAAAAGCCUAUCUGUGGAUCAUGCAAUAUAAAAUAUUUUCUAAUCAAUGCAGUCAAAUUUGGAAUAUAUGCAAGCUUACGAAACAAAUUUUGCAAAAUGUGUAGUAAAGUCUUUUCUUCGCAGGAAUAUGUAAUGCCACAAAUCUCGACGCAUCUUAAAGUAGUUUGUAAUAUGUGCGAUAAAGUAUUUUCUCACAAAGGAAGUUUAAGGACACAUUUAAUCACGCAUACGAAAGAGAAACCACAUGUUUGUGAUGUGUGCAAUAAAGGGUUUUCUCUUAGAAAAAGUUUAAAGAUACAUUUAAGGACGCAUACGAAAGAGAAGCCGUAUGUUUGUGUGAUUUGCAAUAAAGCGUUUUCUCAAAAAGGAAGUUUGAAUAAACAUUUACUGACGCAUUCGAAAGAGAAACCAUUUGUUUGUGAUGUAUGCAAUGAACGAUUUUCUCUACGAGAAAGUUUAAACAUACAUUUAAAGAUGCAUACGAUAGAUAAUCCAUAUGCUUGUAAUGUGUGCGAUAACAAAUUUCCUCUACAAAGAAUUUUAAAGACACAUUUAAGGACGCAUACGAAAGAGAAACCAUAUGUUUGUGAGAUAUGUAGUAAAACGUUUACUCAAAAAGGAAGUUUAAAGAUGCAUUUACUAAGACAUACGGAAGAGAAACCAUAUAUUUGUGAAAUAUGCAGUAAAGCUUUUACUCAAAAAGGAAGUUUAAAGAUGCAUUUACUGACGCAUACGAAAGAGAAACCAUAUAUUUGUGCGGCUUGUAGUAAAGCGUUUUCUCACGAAGGAAGUUUAAAGCAACAUAUACUGACGCAUACCAAAGAGAAACCAUAUGUGUGUGAAAUGUGCAAUAAAGCGUUUUCUCAACGAGGAAAUUUCAAGAGACAUUUAAGGACGCAUACCAAAGAGAAACCGUAUGUUUGUGAGAUUUGCUGUAAAGCGUUUUCUCAAAAAGAAAGUUUAAAGACACAUUUACUGACGCAUUCGAAUGAGAAACCAUAUAUGUGUGAGAUAUGCAAUAAAGAGUUUUCUCUACGAGGAAAUUUGAAGGUACAUUUACUGACGCAUACAAAAGAGAAACCGUAUGUUUGCGAGAUUUGCAGUGAAACGUAUUCUCAAAAAAGAAGUUUAAAGAAACAUUUACUGACGCAUACAGAAGAGAAACCGCACAUUUGAAGUGUAUGCAAUAAAACAUUUUCUAGUGAAAUAUUUUCUGACGCAUACGAAACAGAAACCUCUGUGUGUAAUAAAGCAUGUAUUGCAAAAGGAAAUUUGGAGACCAGUAAGUUUCAAGGUACAUUUACUAACGCACUCAAAUAAAUAAAUAAACUCAUGUUUGUGAUGUAUGCAAAAGAGCAUUUUCUCUUCACAAUAUUCCGAAAUACUGACGCAUAUGACUGAAUAACCGCAUUGCCGCGAGAUAUACAAGAACAUCAAAAUUAAAACAUUCUUACUCUGAGCUCUCUAUAGAGUGAACUACUCAAUGUAAAGUUCCAAAAUUCUUAAGCAUACUAUUCAAGACAUGGGAAAAUGGAUUUCACAAAAAAAAGGUUCCAACACCGGAAGAUGGUGCUGCACAACAGAAAAUAUGCUGAAAGGACGCUAAAUACAUUUUUGUAGGACAUUUUAUUCAAAUGUAUCAAACAUUCAAUUACAAUGACCUUACCAGUGCAGGGGAAACUGUUCAAUAUGGUCCCCUUCUUCAUGAUGUAAAAUCUGCAUUCUGUAGAUAGUUUGUCCAACUGCGGAUCGUAAUUGGUCGAUUGUGAUUCUUCUCACAUGUAGAGUGAAACUGUCUUUCGAAUCUGCCAAGUUUACCAGACGUCCUCAAUAAACAAGAUUUUUCAAGUAUCCCCACAGCCAAAAAUCGCAGGGAUUAAAAUCUAGAGAACUAGAUGGCCAGGUUGUCGGAAACGCACGACUAAUUGCUCUAUCAUUAGUAAAAUGUUGCUGCAGAAACUGCUGUACACGGAGUCCAAUGCAUGGGGGCGUUCCAUCUUGCUUAAAAGUAAUUGAAUCAAGACAGUGGUGCUGCUGCAUUUGAAGCACAACAAAAUUUUCGAGCCUGUUUCAGUACCUCCUUGCCGUCACAGUGCAUGACAUGAAACCAUUGCGUGUAGCCUCUUCGAAAAAGAAACAUCCAAGAUUAAAUGUGGCUGUGGAUCCGCACCAUCCUGUAACUUUCGGUGAGUGAAAUGGAAUCUCUUGGAAGGUACGAAGGUUUUCCGAAUCCCAAGGCCACCGUUAUGAGUGCUGACUGUUCCACUUAAAUGGAAAUAUGCUUCAUCGCUCCAUAGAAUCUGCCAUGGCCAAGAUGCGCCCAUUUCAACUCUAGGCAAAAAUGUCAGUCUUUUUUCCCUGUCGAUGAGCAGCAACUGCUGAUUGUAACGAAUUUUGUGCGAGUAAAAAUGUACUAUUUUUCUCAGUAUGUUCCUCACUGUAAUUUAGGGAGUACCGAAGGCCAGACACUAUUACAGCUUACAUCGUUAUUCAUUGAUUGUUCAACAAUAGCGAUGGUAACAUCUAUACUUAUAAUAAAGCUGUGUGUGUGUGUGUGUGUGUGUGUGUGUGUUGGCGCUCUACAGGCCAGACCGUUCGACCAACAGCUACGAAAUUUGGCACGUGUAUACCUUGGAGGCCGGAAAUGUGCACCUCGGGGUGAUUUUUUCGAAUUUUUAACUAGAAUUUUAUUUAUUUAAAAAAUAAGCGAAAUUUUGGCGUGUUUCUGCUAUAACUUCCGAAAAUAUUACCGCACAAAAAAGAUUUUUACAUCAAGUUAAAGAUCAAAAAUUUUUCUUUUUAAAUGAUACCAAUGUUUUAACCGUAAAAUUAAAUUUCCAAUUUUAUUUAAUUUUUUUAACUAUAUUUUUCAACAAUUUUUUUCGUAGAAAAUAAAAAUAAAAUUUAAGCUGCACGGGCACGUUCCGCAUUCAUGGGGAAAAAUUAGCUUUUUUCAAAGUGUUGCCAUCACAUUGAUUAAACCUCCAAUUGAAAAUAAAUUAAAUCUUUUUGGAAAUGAAAUCUGCAAAAAUAUAAUUUUUAGCAUGUGUCUGUAGGAAAUGUAACAAAUAUGAAAUAUUAUUUUUUCUAAAAAAUAAAUUCAAGAAAAUUUAUUUUAUGAUCUUUUACACUCUCUGUAUUAUUAAUCCAAUAAAUCAGUUUUAUUUUAAGGCAAGUUUUGUUUAAUAUGAACAGGAUAUUCAUUCAAAUCAGGGCCACACAGCUAAUUUGCAAACUUUUAGUAAUAGACACAGAUCUUCUAAAAUGGUCUAAAUUGAAAAUGAUUAUAUUUUAUGUAACUUGAUCCAAUAAAUGCUCUAAUAAAUAACGAAUUUUUGAUUUUACAUAAAGCUUCUGUUGUGGAAAUCACAUUUAACAAAAUGUUCUUGAAACACUAAUAUGUUAAAUAAAACGAGUUAAUUUCCAAUCAACUAAAUCAAUCACUUAAACUGACUGAUUUAUGAAAAUUUGAAUAUCACUAUUCAAUAAAAAAGGAUAAUUUUAGAUUUUCCAUCGAUCGUUUCAAAGAAAAUACGCCAAUCAGCGCGCAGAUUUCUCAAGAUUAAUUGGCCUAAAAUUAUGAAAAUGUUGAGUUUUUCUAAAUUUUUAAAACUCAAAACUUCAUAAAUCAGUCUUAGUUGAUCGUUGAAAAUAGAAACAUUCAUUCAUUUAUUUAAAAUUUGGUGUGUCCAGAAUAUUUCUCAGAAUAUGAUACCUUACUGCAUUAAAUUUAGACUUCAUAAUUUUUGAAAUAUAUUUAUAGACCAGAACAAAAUACUAUUAUGAAUUUCAUCUCAAUCCUUUUGAAAGCAAAACUAAAAACUGAAUUUUAUGCUGAAUCUGAGAAAUUUUUGUUGAAUUAUUCUUUGAGAUAUUACAUAAAUUAUGAAAAAUAUUUUGUAAUUCACGUAAGACAAAUACCGAGCGAUUCUGUUUGCAGUACUAAUAUUCAAUAAUAAUAAUAAUAAAUAAAUAACAAUAAAAAUGAUAAAUAAAAUAAAAUGCUGAAAGUUGAAGUUUUACCGGAAAUGACAACAAAUUAGGAAAAUAUAUAUAGUAAACGAUCUAAACAACAGUAUAAGUUUGGUAUGACUAUCAAAAUUUGAAGGUUAAAAAUGUUUUGUUUGAGAAGCUAUUAAGAGACAAGUUACUGAAAAUAUUUAAUUGAAAAUUGUAGCGAGCGGUAAUAAUGGUGAACCGGCUGGUCGCCAAAGGCGGCUAGUCUUCAAUAACAUCUGAAUGAGUCGAUUUAGAUACGGACCCGGAACUCUUAAGAUCCCCAAUUUUUUGGAAUCGAGCGAUCUUUGUCCUGAGAGCUUAGAAAGCAAUGGUCCUUUGCGUAAAUUCUUAAGUCGACGAAACCCUCAAAGUGCAGCUGCAGAAUUUCCUUUUUUUUUCAUAAAACAACUUCACAAGCAAAGCAUGUUCUGGCAGUGUGGCAGCCAUCGUUAAUUAAGAAUUACAUUUUCCCAAUUUUAUCCCUUUUUAUGCCUAGAACAAUAUCUGCAAACCAAUGGUUUAUGCAAAUUUUUGCUUACAGUGCGAAAUUGCAAUUACAAUGACAGCUUCAGUUUCUUCACUUUUUCAUCUUC